UUUAUAAAAUUUUGAGGAAGGCAGAGAGUGGGUUCAAAGAUCUAAACUUUUUCUCCAAUGGCGCAAGCUAGCAGAAUCUGCCAGAACCAGAACCCAUGUGUUAUCUCCAAUCUCUCCAAAUCAAACCAACGCAAAUCGCCCUUCUCUGUUUCUCUGAAGACGCACCAGAUUUCUUCGUGGGGGUUGAAGAAGAGUAACAACGGGUCUGUGAUUCGUCCGGUUCGGGUAACGGCGUCUGUUUCCACGGCUGAGAAAUCUUCGGAGAUUGUGCUUCAGCCCAUUAGAGAAAUCUCGGGUCUGAUCAAGCUACCCGGAUCCAAAUCUCUGUCCAAUCGAAUCCUUCUUCUAGCAGCUCUAUCCGAGGGAACCACUGUAGUUGACAACUUGUUGAACAGUGAUGACAUCAAUUACAUGCUUGAUGCGUUGAAGAAAUUGGGGCUUAAUGUGGAACGUGACAGUGAGAAUAACCGUGCGGUUGUUGAAGGAUGUGGCGGGAUAUUCCCAGCUUCUUUAGAUUCCAAGAGUGAUAUCGAGUUGUACCUUGGGAAUGCUGGAACAGCCAUGCGUCCACUUACCGCUGCAGUUACUGCUGCAGGUGGCAACGCAAGUUAUAUUCUUGAUGGGGUGCCUAGAAUGAGGGAAAGGCCUAUAGGAGAUUUGGUUGUUGGUCUUAAGCAGCUUGGUGCUGAUGUUGAAUGUACUCUUGGAACUAACUGCCCUCCUGUUCGCGUCAAUGCUAAUGGUGGCCUUCCCGGUGGAAAGGUGAAGCUAUCUGGUUCAAUCAGUAGUCAAUACUUGACUGCUCUGCUCAUGGCAGCUCCUUUAGCUCUUGGAGACGUUGAGAUUGAGAUCGUUGAUAAACUGAUCUCUGUUCCGUAUGUUGAAAUGACAUUGAAGUUGAUGGAACGUUUUGGUGUUAGUGCCGAGCAUAGUGACAGUUGGGAUCGUUUCUUUGUCAAGGGCGGUCAGAAAUACAAGUCGCCUGGUAAUGCUUACGUAGAAGGUGAUGCUUCUAGUGCUAGUUAUUUCUUGGCUGGUGCUGCCAUUACUGGUGAAACCGUCACUGUUGAAGGUUGUGGAACAACCAGCCUGCAGGGAGAUGUGAAGUUCGCUGAGGUUUUUGAGAAAAUGGGAUGUAAAGUGUCAUGGACAGAGAACAGUGUGACUGUGACUGGACCAUCUAGAGAUGCUUUUGGAAUGAGACACUUGCGCGCUGUUGAUGUCAACAUGAACAAAAUGCCUGAUGUAGCCAUGACUCUUGCCGUUGUUGCUCUCUUUGCAGAUGGUCCAACCACCAUUAGAGAUGUGGCUAGCUGGAGAGUAAAGGAGACAGAAAGGAUGAUUGCCAUUUGCACAGAGCUUAGGAAGCUUGGAGCUACAGUGGAAGAGGGUUCAGAUUAUUGUGUGAUAACUCCACCAGCAAAGCUGAAACCGUCGGAGAUUGACACAUAUGAUGAUCAUAGAAUGGCAAUGGCAUUCUCCCUUGCAGCUUGUGCUGAUGUUCCAGUAACCAUCAAAGAUCCUGGUUGCACCAGGAAAACUUUCCCUGACUACUUCCAGGUCCUUGAAAGUAUCACAAAGCACUAAACAGACCUUAAAGCCCAUUUGUCUUUUCUUUUUGAUCCAAUUGAGAUCAGUUUCCUCUGUUAUCACUGUAAGAUUACGAAAAACAAAGAGUAUUAAGAUUGUUUGCUUGUACCUUAAACUGUUUGAUGCAAUCUUUGAAUCGGUUUUGGUCAUAAUA